CCACAACGACCUGGAGUGGAGGCCUCGGUUCACUUUGUUGUUUCAUGUUCAACUUCAGGGGCAUCAACACCUCCAUCGCCAUCAUGGCCAAAUCAUCUCUAUUUCAUCUCUGCUCUUCCUAAGCUAGAGGUCCCCUCCAUGUAACACGCGACAAAUCCUCUCCCGCCCAGCUGCGCGGUCUUCUUGUUGCGCGCCUGUCAACAUGAUCAAUCUCCUGGCCUUCGGGAGCCUCGUUCGUCCCGUCGUCUUUCGGAAUUGGCGACCGUGCCGGUGGUUGCGGAGGAUCCGGCGUUGGUUCAGGGGUCGGAAGUCCGUUGUCCGGCGUCGAAUCAUCCGAGUGAUGAGGGUGCUUGGGAGCCGAGUCCACCCCCGAGUUUUGACCCAACUCGACCGGCGGAUCCGUAGAUUGAUUGGGAGAUUCAUGAGCCGGCGGAUUGCCUGGUUGCUCCCCAGGAAUGGGAUCUUCAGACCCGAUCCCCUGGGUUUCAGCAUCCUCGUAGUCUGGAGCGUCGUCCAGGUGCUCAAGCACUCGCAAAGUGAAGCCCAAAGACCGCACACACUCCCUCCGAUCCAACCCAUUCAACGCAUUACGUACCAGCCACUCCACCUCAUCAUCCAGCAAACCACCCUCCCUUUCCUCCACCUUACGUGUGGUCAGCACCUUCCGCCCCGCCGUCACGCGCUCCCAAUCCCGCACCAACAUACCCGUAACCCUGUGCUCUCCGUCCUGCGCCUUCGACCCACCCUUCAUCACCUCAAACGCCCGAUUAAAAAACUCUCUAAACUCAUCCGCCGCCUGCUUCUUCUCCCGCUCGCUCUCCUCCUUGCCCUCGCCCUCCUCUCCUCUCGCCGGAGCAGGAGGAGGAAAAAGAGCAGCUGCAAAACCAUCCCUUCUCUUCCUCGCCGCCAACCGGACAAGGCCCCGGCCCAGGCUGGCGCGCACGCCCUUCUCUGUUUGACCCAGCGCGGCCAGGUCGGACUGCAGCUCCUCCUCGGAGCGCACCGCGAUUUUGGCAGGAUUGGCGGCCGGGGAUAAGCUCGCGGCAGGGGGCGGACCCUCGGCGGCCG